ACACACACACAUAGUGAGUGACGUAGAAAUAAGUGGUUGAGGUGGUCGAGGCAGAUUUUUUUCAACACCAAAAUACCCCCUGUGUGUGCCCAAGUGCGCCCCACUGUGCCCGUGAGUGUACACAUUUGCGUACAUUUGGGGAUUUGGGGGAAGUUUUCGCGCCCCACAAGGCCCAAUUUGGGGCGAAAGACAUUGCCUACCAUUUGGCGAUCGACACUGUGUGCGUGUGUGUGUGUGUUUUUGGCAUCCAGGGGGCGCUUUUGCGCCAAACACCCCGUUGGAGCCCCAUUUGAGGAUUUCAUUUGGUCACACUACCCCGUGGGGGCCUCAUUGAUGGAUUUCAGUGGUGUUUUGAGUUUUAUCUGUUGAGGCAUCUUGAGUUGGUAAAUAAAUUCCAAAUAGAAAAAGAAAGAAAAGGAAUUUCUCUAGCGCGCUCAUGGACUAGAUUGAUGCGCAAUGGAUUCAAUUGGAGACAUGCUGGAGCAGCAAAUGGGCGCCGAAGUGGAUGACGGAUCGUCAAGGAGGGUCGUCAUGGUUGGGGGCACAACGAUAAUUGCUACAAGCCGAAAGGACGAUCUGAGGAUGUCACCACCGUCCAGAAUAAUCCAACACAUUCACAAGCCAUGGCCUGACUUGCAGGUUGAUCAGGAGAAUAGUUUGGAGUUGAUAAAGCAGGAGGAAUCGCUGAAAGGCCACGAAGUGGUUGUUGCGACAAUUGAGGAACUCUCAGCUGAUGAGCUGACCCACUCACAGGCACUCAAUCACAUGGCAAAGCAGGAAUUAAGUGUUAUUGUGGCUGCACAUGAGGAUAGUCGUGACAGUCAAUCACUACUGAGUCCUGGAAAGUUGACACCACAUGGUGAAAUGCUCGACUCGGGGGACUUUCGGAGUCUCCAUGAGCCCACAUAUCAGACCCUCACCUCCGUUAAUGGACGUAUGUCACCACCUGGUUUUAGUCCCAAUUCCAGCUAUGCCACAUUAACGCCUCUUCAACCCCUACCGCCAAUUUCCACAAUGAGCGAUAAAUUUGCCUAUGCUGGGCAUGCUAAUGCAGUUACUGGAUCUUUUACGGUGAUGCAGAACAAUGCAAUGGAAUUGGCAGGUGGUGCAGGUAUGGCAUCGUAUGCAGCCUACGAUAAACUCCCAAUGGGUAUGUCACCACCACAGACGUACGCAUCUAGUCCCUCAAAUGCACUUGCGGGUAUGCAGGCAUCCCCGCUGUCACCGCAGUCAGCUUACAGUCAGAAUGGGCUGUGUUCGCCGCAAAAGAGCCUCUCACCGGGUACAGCAGCUGCUGACUACGACACCUCCUAUGGUACUCAUAUGCGUCACAGUCCACCCCUUGGGAGUCCACCGCCACCAGCUGAUGCACCCCCAGGGUUUGGUUCAUCUGGUCAUGGGUCCGGUAAUACAAUCAACGGCCUGCACCAGGGACUCAUUGCUGCUGCAGCUUCCGUCAAUGUUUCAGCUGCACCACAAAUUUCACAUUCUCAUCCCCCAGGACUCGUCCAAAUUUCCAAUAUUGCUACAGUGGCAGGAAAUCGUGAGAGCAAUGUUUCAGUGGUAAAGUCCCCAUCGCCGCAUUUGACGUGCGUGAAAACAAGCGGAGCACUAACAAUGCAAAGCUCCAAUGGUCAAAUGGAUGUGACACCAUCAUCAAAUGGGGCUGCAACACCACUCACAGUCUCCACAUUAAGUGCAGACGUUGAGGAGAUCAAUACGAAGGAGUUGGCACAGAGAAUAAGUGCAGAACUGAAGCGAUACAGUAUACCACAGGCUAUAUUUGCGCAGCGUGUUCUCUGCAGAUCUCAGGGGACCCUUUCGGAUCUUCUACGCAACCCGAAGCCGUGGUCAAAGCUCAAAUCUGGACGUGAAACAUUUCGGCGUAUGUUCAAGUGGCUUCAGGAACCAGAAUUUCAACGUAUGUCUGCACUAAGGCUUGCUGCUGCUCAGAUUCCUCAACGUGGAAGCUGCAAGAGGAAAGAAGAGGCCGCUCCGGAUCAUAUGCCGGCACCAAAGAAGCCACGACUUGUCUUUACGGACCUCCAGAGACGUACACUUCAAGCAAUAUUUAAGGUAGAAACAAAACGACCGUCAAAGGAGAUGCAGGUGACGAUAGCGCGUCAGUUGGGCCUUGAGCCCACAACGGUGGGUAAUUUUUUCAUGAAUGCUCGUCGACGUUCCAUGGAUAAGUGGAAAGAUGAAUCCGAUGGUAAAGGUAUGUGCCAUGGGAGUCUCUCACCAGGUGGUACGCAUUCAUUGGAUUUAGAUGAUGCGGACGACAUGGAUCUUGAGCUGAGUCAUACGAGUGAUUUGGAUUUGGAGCAUACCACCGAACCUCCAGACGGUGAGGUAGAUGAUGGCGAUCUCUUGUGACAUGAUGUGUAUGGACAAGAUUUGCGAGCAAUAAUGUUGGAAAGUGACGAUAGCACUGAUAAUGCUACCAAUAACAACGUGCCCAAGGGACGGAGGCGUAGGAACCACAGGCGGCACCUUCUCAUGCUCUAAGUUUACGUACGUACGUAUUUAUAUAUAAAUUAUAUAUAACAACAAGAAAACAAAAAAAAUAGGGUUCCAAACUAUAGGUUGUUCUCUAUAACAAGAAAAAGAAGAAGAAACCAUUCACAAAUUGUACAUUUGGCCAAUGGAGAAGGUGUAAGGAGAAAGGGUAGAGUCUCUCAGUCAGGUGAAAGGUAAAGAAUGUUCUGAAAAUUCAAACGACAGAAAACAAAACAUCAAAGAAAGACUCUUUAUCCACCUUCUCCAACUUUCAUUGUCUCCUGGCCAACAUGAGGGUUAGUGCCACACCUCUAGUCAUUUUGUUUUUAGCUGUGGUUCUUAAUGCGACAGUGGUAGAGUUAGAAAAUGAGAGAGAGAGACAAAGAGUAAUUGAUAGUACAUAAUAAGCAUAAUAUUUAUUAUUUAAUUUUUCAUUACCACUGUCGCAAAAUGCUUAUUUAUUAUUAUUUAUUUCGCCCCCACAUUCUUGAGAAAAUUUUUAAUGCAUUCCAUUGAAAGGAGUUUCUAACUCCGACUGUGAUUUUUAUUUUACAUUUUAUUUUAUUUUUUAUAAUUUUUUUUUUGAGAAAAAAAACUCUUAAUAUAAACAAUAAAAAUUCCAUUCUAGUCAGAUUUUUUUUCUAGUCAAUUUGCGCCAUGCUUUUUCUGUGUAAUAAAAUGAUCUCUUACGCGUCUAGUCAGUAUAAAAAAAAAAGACAAACAAACUCUUUUUUUAUUGAGUUCAACACACACACAUUAUAAAUCAUUAAGAAGAAGAAAAUAAGAAAUGGGUAGUGUAUAAAAAAAAAGAAGAAGGUAAAACCAUUGAUUUAAAAGAAGAAAAAAAAGAGAUGCAUACAAAUCUAAGAUUGAAGUUACAAUUUAAAGGAGAUGAAAUAAAUUUAGGUUUAAAAUGGUAUAAGAUGAGACAAAGUAUAAGGAUUUAAAUAAAAAAAAAAAGAAAGAAAAGUAUCUGAAUAUUUAAUUGUAAUGUGAGAGAAAAAAAAUAAACAAUUAAACCAAAAAAAAAAAAACUUAAAGGAUAGAAUUGCAACAAUACUUACAAAAAAAAUGAGAAGAUAAAAAAAACUAGUAAUGAAUAAUAAUAAUGAAUAAAGAAGAAAAAAUAGGUUAAUAAGAGGGAUUUAAGUGAGAAAAAAAAACACAUUGCCUUGCGGUCAUAACCCGCCCUAAGAAACUUCAUUUUCUUUUAGUCGUAUUCCGUUUUUUGAACUUCAAUGACAUGAAAAAAAAUUACAUAGCGCUGAGUCUCUCAAAAAAAAAAAAGUUUAGUAAUCGAGAUAGUGUGAAGAUAAAACUUAGGUUGCACACACCAGAUGGUUAGAAGAUUUUUUUUAGGACUAACACCACCAUUGCAUUCGUUGCUGUUUUUUUUUAUUUACUUUAUUUCAUUUUUUUUUAAAUAGUUUUUUUGUAGGAAUUUUAUGUAAUUAUGCACACUAACGCACGCAAGAACUGUUAUAUCAUCCUUAUUCGCAAAGUGAUCAAGAAGAGACAAAAUCUGCGGUGGCGUGCGUGCGAGAGUGAGCAUAAAUAAUACUAAAGACCUACAAUUUGUUAAAAAGCUGUGAGUAAGAUCAAAUUGUGGGAAUGCUAAAAAAAAACUCAAAGAUAUUUUACAACUUUUUGUGUAGAUGGAAAAAUUCUUAAUCGGAUAAAGUUAUUUAAAAAAAAAUGAGCAUUUGUCGCUUUUAGCAUCGUUUCGGUUUAUUUAACACCAUCAUCAGACACUAUGAAUAAAAUUAUCGUCACUCUUGAUCUUUCUCACAGCUCUUCUCAUCAUAUUUUUUUUUUAAUUUUGAAUUUUUCUAUAGAGCAAAAUUAAUUUUCAGCAAGUCACGUGUACAUUUUUCCUUCCUCUCCUAGAACCCAUCUGCCCCACCCCCCUCCUAUCAUCCUCCUUUUACCAUUUCCCCGUAAGAAAAAAAAAGGUUAAUAUUUUCGCACGGUGUGACGGCACAUGAUCGUCAUUUGAGUGAUUAUUGAUUUAUUUUGAUGAUUAGAUUGUAAAAUGAAAAGAAAUGUAAAAUUUUCAAACAAAUACAGCACUUGUAGAUUGAGAAUAAAAAAAAAUGAGAUAA